GUGGAAGUGUUGUAUUUUGCAAAAAGUGCUGAAAUAGCAGGAAUUCGCUCAGAGACCAUUUCUGUGCCGCAAGAAAUAAAAGCAUUGCAGCUGUGGAAUGAGAUAGAAACACGCCAUCCAGGAUUGGCUGAUGUCAGAAAUCAGGUGAUAUUUGCUGUUCGUCAAGAAUAUGUCGAGCUUGGAGAUCAGCUCCUCCUGCUUCAAUCAGGAGACGAAAUUGCCAUUAUCCCUCCCAUUAGUGGAGGGUAGUACUUUUGAGCCACCUGGAAAAGAUAUGAAUGAAGUUGAAGAGAAAUCUAAAGAUAUAAUAAAAUUCACACCUGAGAAACUUUCAGUAGAUGAAGCCUUACAGCUGGUAAUUUCUCCACUCUGUGGCGCAAUAUCCCUAUUUGUAGGGACUACAAGGAAUAAUUUCGAAGGGAAAAAAGUCAUUAGCUUAGAGUAUGAAGCAUAUCUACCAAUGGCAGAAAAUGAGAUCAGAAAAAUUUGUAGUGACAUUAGACAGAAAUGGCCAGUCAAACACAUAGCAGUGUUUCAUCGACUUGGCUUGGUUCCAGUAACAGAAGCAAGCGUUAUCAUUGCCGUGUCCUCAGCCCAUAGGGCUGCAUCCCUUGAAGCUGUGAGCUAUGCCAUUGAUGUUUUAAAAGCCAGGGUGCCCAUAUGGAAAAAGGAAAUCUAUGAAGAAUCAUCAUCAUCUUGGAAAAGAAACAAAGAAUGCUUUUGGGCAACCAGUGAUUAAACUGCUUAGGUUUUUAGAGCCCUAAAAUUUAAACUUGGUAAAUUCUUAUCUUUGAUCAUAUUUCCAUUAUUCUUCUCUAGAAGAUAGUUUAGUGAAGGUGAUCUCUUAUGUUAUACCAGUGGAACAAAAGAGAGGAGAAAAGAAAGCAAAAUAAAUGAAUGUUUAGGACGAGGGCUUAUAUGGGAACUAGAGACAGAGGAAAGAAAGACUUUAGGGGGAAAAUGGAAGAAUAAUUUGAAUGCAAGGAAUGAUGCCUGUGGUGGACAAACAGUUCUGUGACUGAGUCCCAGUUGUAAUUUGACUCACACGGAGGGGUCGCCCCUCAUCAGUGACUAGCUCAGGAUGCCCUCUCUGUCCCCCUCCUGCCCUCGACACCCUGUCCCCACCCCCCUGCCCCUAUGCCCAGCGAUAUUGUUGUCAGGGAUGCAUUUUGGGAAUGUUGGCAGAACUGAAAGUUAUAAAAAGUCCUUAUCAGAUACUCUUGAUAUAUUUUUAGAAUUUAUAUAUUUUAAAAAUAAGUAAAGAAACAUGAUUUUAAAGGUUUAAAGCAAUAUUUUCUUGUUUUUAAAAACUCAGUGAUGAUGCAUGCAUGCUCAGUCACUUCAUUUGUGUCCAACUAGUUGAGACUCUAUCAGCUGUAGCCCACCAGCUUCUCUGUCCAUGGGAUUUCCCAGAUAAGUACACUUGAGCGGGUUGCCAUUUCCUUCUCCAGGGACUCUUCCCGUCCCAGGGAUUGAACCCACAUCUCCUACAUUGGGAGGCAGGUUCUUUACCACUGAGCCACUGGGGUAGCCUGAUGAUACCUAAGAUAUUUCAUAACAUGAGGAUUUCUUCUGUUUCAGAAUCUAGUAUAAUCUUACCAUAAUGCUUAUUGUAUUUUGUUAUUUGUAUUGUAUCAGUAUAUAAAUGAGCAUAAAAUUGUCAAACAAGACAAACUAGCAAGGGUGGUUUGUGUUUUAAUGUUAGUUAUAAGAUUGUACUCACAACGAAUUAAGAAGGAAAAUUACGUGAUUAUUUAGUAAAGCAUUUUCAGAUAUCUUUUUAGCUUAAGCAGUGUUGUUGUUAGUGAAGUCAUUAAUAAAGUUAUGUUUUCUGCAAAAUCUUAUUCUAAAUAA